ACGUUUCUGCUCUGUUCUUCUUCUCGAUUAUUCCUCCCGACAAGCCCCCCCCCAAGCCACCGACUUUCUUUCCCCCUUGAAAAGCCGGUGAGAUCUUGAUGAAGUUCCUUCCUUUUCUUGUUAAAUCACAAGAUUUAGGACCUAGAAUCUUCCCUCUCAACCCAGAAAAAUCCCGGUUCUGCUCUGCUCCUCCCCUGCAGCCAACCGAAGCUCCCCAGCCACCGCCACCCAUUUCCGGUCGGGAACACCGGCAAAGCUUGGGGAUUCUCCCUAUUUUCUUGUUCUAGAACACCUAUUAAACCCAGAAAAUCCCAGAUCUGUGCUGUUCUUCCCCUUGCUGUCCGUCGGCUUCUGCUAUAUGUGAUUUCUUGGCAUUUUUCGUCCGUGAGUUCCUCUGCAACUUGCCGCCGGCUUCUUCUCCCUGCUAGCUCCGGUUUUGCUUGUUAAAUUCUGGUUUUGAUCGUUCUGUCACCAUAGCACUGGGUUAAGCCUUCUGUUCUGUGCGAGUGAGGUAAGUAAAUUAUGGUAAAGCCC